GCAUCACCAGCUACUAUUACACUAGAGGGGAGCUGGUUCAGGUCGCGGCGCGCGCGUUACGGGAGCGCGCACACAUAUCGUGGGCUGGUCCGUUGGCGCACAGCUGUGGUUUGGUGUAAGGACGCAGGCUGGUAACUAAGUUGUUGUCCUCGGUGUAGUUUGGAGAAGGAGCAUCAGUGGAGCGUCUUUCAGAGCAAACAGGAGGCUGAGGAGGGAACAUAUAAGGAUGCUGAUCCGAGUAGAGUCAGCGGGAGCUGCAGCUUCUCUUCAUCAGCGCCAACCUGGGUUGUUCCGCCUGUAACUUUUUAACGAGCUGAAGUUUACCUCAGCUGGUUUUUGGUACUCCGUUAAGUUCCGUAUCGCUCCGGUCUUCCGGCCUGCCUGCCAUGGUGGCUUCAUCGGUCCAUGGAGCGCUCCUCCUGGGCGCCCUCUUCCAGCUGUUCCCUCUUCCCGGCGGACAGGCGCCAAACUGCCAGGAGGUGCGCACGGCGUUUCACGCUCUGCAUCCCGGCUCCAAGUGGGUCCCCGAAAACCCGGUGUCAGGUGCAGAUCUGCAGGUUUGCCAAGCCAAAGGCCCGACCUGCUGUUCCAAGAAGAUGGAGGAGCGGUAUCAGGUGGCUGCACGCAGCAACAUGGAGUCAGGUCUGCAGGUUGUCAGCGCUCAUCUCAAACGCCUCAUCAUCCAGAACGCUGCUAUAUUCCAAGAGGCCUUCGACCUGAUGCUGCGUCAUGGCCGUAACUCCACCCUGACCAUGCUAAAGUCGGAGUUCCCUGGUCUCUUACCUGGAGCUCAGAGCUCUGUAGGGCAACUAUUUCUGGACAUGUCGCUCUACAUCCUCGGCUCAGACUCAACAGUGGACCACAUAGGAGCGGCGUUCUUCAGCAAACUCUUUCCCCUUACCUACCGCCGGCUGCUUGGGGGCGGUGCAUCCUCCUUGUCUGAGGAAUGUGUACGAGGAGUCUGGAAGGACUCGGGGGUGUUUGGUCCUUAUCCUAAGCUGAUCAUGACCCGUCUGUCUCGCUCCCUCCUGGCCACACGAGUCUUCCUGCAGGCACUGAACCUGGGCAUCGAGGUAGUCAACACAACGGACCAUCUGCGACCCAGCAGGGACUGCAGCCGGGCCCUGCUGAGGCUGUGGUACUGCCCACACUGCCAGGGCAUGUUGGGCCCGCCAGCCUGCAGAGGCUUCUGUCAGACGGUCAUGCAGGGCUGCCUGGGGGGCGCUGCGGAGGUUCAGCCUCACUGGAGGAGCUACAUUGAUGGACUGGGGAAGCUGACUGGUGGCAUGAGAGGAGAGCAGGACAUGGAGGCUGUCGUUCUAAGACUGCCUUCGAUGAUUAAACUGGCUCUGAAGCAGGCUGUGAACGCCCGCAGCAGGCUCAGCGUCCUGGUGAGCAGCAUGUGUGGACACGCUACUAAGCGAGCCUCCCGAUCUGUUGAGACCCCUCCUCUUCAUCAGCCUCCUGCUGUGUCUGUGGCUCGUGAUGCUCAGCCCUCAGAUUCUGAUGAGACUCUGGCUGGUCUCCGCAGGGAGUUCAUUACUAACCUGAAAGGCUUCAGCUCCUUCUACAGUGGUCUCGGGGAGGCGUUGUGCAGUCGUGAGCCUGCUCCAGCGAACAACUCCCUCUGCUGGAACGGGCAGGAGAUGACAGACAGGUUUGCCAGCCCGAGCCAGAAGCGACUUCAUCCUGCCUCAGAGUCUAAGAGCAACAAGCAGCCAGAGCCUGUAAUCAGCCAGAUCAUUGACAAACUGAAACACAUCAACCAGCUGCUAAACAUUGUGACAGUAUCUGAGAAGCGAUGGCGAGCUCGGUCACGAGGAGCUGGAGCAAAUGGGUGGAGUGACGAUGCUGAGGAGGGAUUUGGAAGCGGCGACUGUGACGACGAGGAUGAGUGCGCCGCAGUGUCAGGGCUGGGGCCUCCUCCGAGGCGUAAACGGCUGCGGAUCUUUGCAGACCUCGCUGAUAACCUGGCAAUGGAUGACUUCACCUUCCAGGAGCAGCUGCUGACCCCUCGGCUGGCCACCGCCGGGAUGGGAGGGGUCCCCUCACCUGCGGUUCCGCUGUGGAGGAGCAGCCUGGUUACUGCCCUACUGGCGACACUUGCUCUUCUUCUGCUUUGGCACCACUGACGGGCCCAUUCCUGUUCCCUGUCUAAACAAUUAAUCCCUACAUACAUGUGGAAGGUGACAAACCUUUUGGACUAUUGUGUCCUGAUAUAAAUUUCGGUGGACCAUUAAAGGAAGCGUUAACAUCCAAGAACCCAACUUUCCUCUUAAUCUGUCUAUAGUGAAACUUGUUUUGCUUCAUUUAAAUUUGGUGGAUGUUCCUAACAAGCUUGUGAAAGCACACUCCAUAUUCCAUCUUGUAAAUAAGAAACUUCCUGCUGGCAAACUUACCCAAACCUAUUUCUGACUUUUGUACCCUCUGGACUCACCUCCUCAUAUACGGAUUUUCUCUCUAUACUGAUUAUUUAUUAAACUAUGGAUAUGUAAAUAAGGCCUUAAAAGACACCAGGCCCUUUUAAAGGGGCAAGCCCUCAGUCUGUACUGACUUGCAGCCCAGCUGGAAGGAGUGAAAGUCAGCUGCUGCUAUUUUCCUUCAUGACUGUAAGUGAUCUCUUGCUAGCGUUGGACCUGAAAGCUCAUAGGGAAUUACCUGUUUAAAGGGAUAGUUCAGAAAAAAUUUAAGUAAGGUUCUGUUAAAAGGUUAUACAAAGUAAAUAUCUUACCUGUAGUAGAUUGUGCUAUUAAAAAAAGGACCAAGACCAAUACGGACUUCUACAACUCAAGUCUAAAAACCUUUAUGACUUUUGGUAGGAAUAACUACCUGAUAAACAAAAUAAGUCUGUGUAAACUUCAAUAGAAUAGCAUUCAUUUAAAUCAUAUUUCCGUCACUUUCUGUUGUUCUAAUUCAAUUCAAAUUCAGUUCAAAAAUACUUUAUUCAUCCCGAAGGGAAAUUAAAUAAUGGGCCAAACACAGGCAUAUCUCAAUCAUAUAUCAGCUGAAUUUGACUGCACUGCUUAUAGGAUCCAGUUGGAAUGCAGGUAAUUGACUCUGAAUCUAUCUACACGAUAUUUCUGUAUAUAUAUUGUAUCUGUUGGUUUUUAAAGUGCCUUAAGAUGACAUUUGUUAUGAAUUGGAGCUAUAGUAAUAAAAUAAAUGCAAUUAAAUGUUGAGAAUUUUAAUUUAAACUAAGCUGUGUAAUUACAAAAAUAUGGCAGGACCACAGCAGAAACAACCAGCAGACAUGGAGAUCAACAGUAGAAUCCGCCAAGGAGUGCUCUAAAACAGGAAGCAGAAAUACUAAGAGGAGUAAUUAUUGGGACAAGGAGCUGGGGAGCCAACUUAACUAAAUGUGUCGCACCUGUUAGGAAGUGCAUGACUUAAGAAGCAGAGGAAAAAUUACAAAUUGAUAUGGAAUGAAUUCAGUGGGAAAACACUGGGAUCGGGAAAACUAAUUUAUUACAGGAAAACACAUUAAACAACACCGAAAACCAAGAUAAUCAACAUAAUAAAAUCUAAGAAUGAACAGAAACACAAGAUUAACACAGAAGUUAAAACUAGAAUGACUCACUAAAUUCAAACCCCAAGUGGAUAGUUACCCUUAACUGAAAAGCUUUACGUGUUCUAUUCUCGGUACCGCUACAAGAAGAUUAUUGGUGGGGCACCACCUGCUCUCUCUAUACCUUGUGUAAAUAAUCAUUGAUGGUAUAAAUAACAUCCUUCAUAAAACAGAAUUAGCAUAAACCACUAUAGAGUCUUUGGGACUGAAGUUGUUUUGAGAAACUCUGAUAAACCGUUACUUUCAGUCACUGGGACUAACUUACUGUCUUCUACAAGUAAGAACUACUUAUUACCUUUUAACAUAACCUCUCUUCAAAAUUCCUGAAAUAUCUCUGUUCUUUCAGAACCUGUGCUUUAAAUUUCUCUUUUUAUCUCUGAUAUUGGUGUCUGGGUGUUAAUGUGAUAACUAAAUUAAUUCUGACAGAUUUUUCUCACUUUUAUGACCAGUGACUGCUUUGUUUCCCUAAGCUGGUAUCUUUAAGUAUGUGAAUCAGCCUGACAACUGUAUAGAUGUAAGUGUUCCUGUGUUGGUGCCAUGUUUUAAAAAAUGUGUUCAUUUGCCAUUUCUUAGUUUGUAAACUGAACUGCUGGCUGGAAUGUGACGCUUUGCUGCAACCUACUUGCUUAUUUAUUAGCACUGUGCAUAAAGCAAGCAGUGAAAUGACAGAUGCAUAAAAGGUACAAGUUAAUACUAUGUUUGUGUGCAUUCAGAUACCUGAUUUAUAAAUUCUGGCUUUUGCAUUUAAUCACUUGGUCUCUUGGGUUAUUAGUAGCAAAUCAGAAGUCCUAUUUCAUGUUAUUGUUUUUUUAAUUUAGCUUAGAUUUCAAAAUAAAGUGUGGCAUAAAGUGAAGACUAGCUCCCAUGUUGUUUGUAAUGGAGACAUGCUAUGUAUUUAUUUAUUUUCAGCUCAGUUUAUCUAUAAGGCGGUUCUCUAGACAAACUGAUCCACUUUAUGUACAGACAUGUUUCCAAUUCAGUUAUACAGACAGAUUCAAAUUCGAUCCUAAAUUUAAAACAUUACAUUCAGUUUAUUACAUUCAGUUUAUUGAGCCAAUUGGUAAAAAGUGCUCCAUCUAAGGAAACCCAGCCAAUUGCAUGAAGUCACUAACUUUGCAGCAAUCCGUCCUCCUCUAAGAGCAUGUGACGAUAGCGCACAGUUGAUUGCAUUGAGUCGUUAACUAUCCGUCAUACUGAGCAAGCAUGUGGUGGCAGUGGAAAGAAAAUCUCCCUCUUAACAGUAAGAAACCUCCAGCAGAACCUGGCUCAGUGUGAGCAGCCAUCUGCCACAACCCACUGUGGAUUUGAGAGCACAGAGCAUACACACAAAAAAACACAGAACCACUGAUCCAGGAGUACUUCCAUGUUAAAAAAGAAGUACUGAGGUAAUUGUAGUAGUAGCUCUUUUAGUGGCUUCAUAAUGCAUAAUUGAGUAGUAGUAGGAGAAAGUAGCAAAGUGAGGAAACAGCCUAAGCGUAACUAUAGAGAUAGUUCAGGAUAACCAAGACAACUCCACUAUAAGCUUUAUCAUAGAGGAGAAAAUUAACAGUGUCUGUCUCACGGACUAAAACUAGGAGCCGUUUUCACAGGAGAGCAGCCUGAUAACUAAAAGAUCUGCCUCUAUAUUGAUUUAUUACAGAUUUUUUUAAAAGGUUCAUGUGGAGAUUUUUACAAACUUUUUCAACCUAAUGAAACUGUGUUGUGCUUCAUGCAUUCCCACUGAUACGUUCUGUACUAUAAACCACAGUAACAAUUAAGUCAUUUUUACAGUUUUUCCCUGUGUCUGUCUCAAUUUGUUUGGACUCUGUAGACAUUAACAAUCAAACAUGCGCUGAGUCUUUCAGGGUUUUUGAUUUUAAACUCUGUUGACCAUGUGGAAAUAGAUAAAAAUUCUGUUUCAAAAAUUAACAGAAGUCAGGUCAGGGCUUCAGUUCUGUUGUGAAUGUAUUUCAUAGAGGUACUGAUAAUUUUGUGACUUUUCUCAGUUUAAUACCUUUACAGUUUUGAUUUUGAUUACAACGACCUUCGGGUUAACCUGCGUUAAUAACAAGUGAUUUAGGUAUUGUUUUUAUCUGCUCAUACUCUCAAACAAUGUGACUCCAUUAAAUAAUAUUUGACAUGUUGCUCAUAUUUCCUUUGUCUUUCUCAGAGGUCAUAAUCUCUCAUAUUACAUGAGAAUCAACUGGUCCAAACAUAGAUCUGACAAAAAAGGGGAGAAGAUCCAAUAUAAAGUCAUAAACAAAUACACAUCCAUCCAUCUUCUAUGACUCUUCCAGUAGUCAGAGAGAGAAAGGUGGAAGACAACCUGGACAGUUCAACAUUCCAUUACAGAAAGGCUAAUAUAAUCAGUAAUAUUGGGAGUUAAAAAAGAAGUAUGAAAAUAACCAGGAAGCCAUAUAAAGUAAGAGAUUUGUUUGGUAAAUAAAAAAAAUUAAAAGAAAAAAAUAAGUCUUCUGAAAAACAAAAAAUAUUAAUAGCAUCAAUCAAUACCAAAUUUAAUUAUGUGGCUGAAUACCAGUACAUUAAACAAAGAAAAGCAAAAUACACCAAAACAAAAUUUAAUAAAAAAACAAUGUCCUGUUUUUUUCAUGCUCCUGUUGUACCAUAUUUUCACCAAUUACUGAUGAUGCCAUUUACUUGAUCAUGAGGGCUAUGUUAUCUGGAGCGGUAACUCCUGGAAGCAAAUUGGCCUCAGGGCAGGGGGCAGGCUAACUCACUCACAAGUCCCUGACUGAGUGCCUUGAUUUUUGAGUUUUACCAGGUGAGCAAGAGGGUCGCCUAUUUACGGCUACAGGUUGCAAGAGGGAAGGUUCUGACUGUUGUCUGUACUUAUGUACCAAACAGCAGUUCAGAUUACCCAGCCAACUUGAAAUCUCUGGUGUUCUAGAAGGGGUGCCAUCUGGGGUUUCAGUGGUGCUCCUGGGGGACUUCAUUGUCCAUGUGGACAACCAAGGCAUUACCUGGAGGGGUGUGAUCGGGAGGACUGGCCUCCCUGAUCUGAACUUAAGCGAUGUGUUGUGGUUGGUCUUCUGUACAAGGCACGAACACCAUGUUCGUGCACAAGGUGUUUCAUAAGUGUACUUGGUACCAGGCCACCAUGGGGCAAAGGUGGAUGAUUGCUAUUGUAAUUGUAUCAUCAGAACUGCAGGUGAAGAGAGGGGCAGAACUGUCAGCUGAUCACCACCUGGUAGUGAGUUGGAUCCAGUUCCAGGGGAGGCUGCAGGACAGACUUGGUAAACCCAAACUGGUGGCAAGGGUAAGCUGAGAAUGUCUUGCGGAGAAACCUGUCCAAGUGAUCUUAAAUUCACACCUCCAGAAGAUUUUUUGCCCAUGUCCCGUGGGCUCUGAAGGGUACAUUUCUCUUUUAAAUUGUUUUCCUAAUUUCGUUCUAUGGAUUUUUUGUUUAACUCUUUUAAUGUCGUGUCUUUUAAUGUCGGAAGGAAUCUGGGAUAUUACUAAAAGAAAAGCGAUUUUCUUGUUUUGUAGAAGGAUGGAGACAGAUUUAAUUUUGCUUCAAGAAACACAUUCCUGUGAGUCCGAUGUAAACUUUUGGAAAGCACAAUGGGGUAAAGCAGCUUAUUUCAGCCAUGGCUUUAAUCACUCAGGGGAGUUUAAAUUUUCUUGCACAAAUUUAAAGGUGAUGUUUUAGAAACAGUGCCUUCUGAUGAUGGUAGAUGGAUAACACUUGUAAUAAAACAAGACAAUGCAGUUUUUAUUCUUUGGAAUUUAUACGGUUUUAAUUCGCAUGCUUCAAACCAGAUAUUAUUCGGUGAAAUAGUCUUAAAACUUCAAGAAAUCCACGAGAAAUACCAUGGUUCAAAUAUAAUUCUGUGCGGUGACUUUAAUGAAUGUCUGGAUAAAACAAUACACAGAUUCCCUCCUAAACAAAAUCUUGCUUUACAAAAUAAUAACCUUAUCUCAUUCCUAACCUCCAACCUCUCCUUAACUGAUACCUGGCGUUUCUUAAACCCUACUAAAAAAUUAUUUACAUGGUCCAAUAAUAACCACUCUCUAAAAUCCAGAAUAGAUUUUUUUCUGAUCUCAUCUUCUUCCCCUGAAUAUGUAAAAGAUAUUUGCCAUUUUAAAGCUCCUAUAUCUGAUCAUAAGCUUAUCAUUCUGAGAUUAUCUGCAACCCAGAAGGGCUCUUGUAAAAGAGGUUUUUGGAAAUUCAAUAAUUAUGUGUUGACAGACCUAUCUUUUAAUAAUGCAAUCAAAUAUCUUGUUAAAAGAAGUUGUAAUAAGGAAAUUAUUGGAGAACAUAUAGGAACAAAUGGGAGUUAUUCAAAUACAAAAUCAGAUUAGCUGCUAUUAAAAGAAGUAAAGAACUAAAAAACAAAAAACAGAAGCUAGAAUCUGACUUGAUGCACAAACUAAAUCUAUUAAUGAGGAAAUACAACUUAAUUCAGUGGAAGAACUUGAAUUGAAAAAUAUUCAGUCACAAUUAGAUCAAUUUUAUUUAGAUGUGGUAAAAGGUUCAUUUAUUCAGUCUAGAGCUAAAUGGCUAGAAGAAGGAGAAAUGAACACAAGUUAUUUUUUUGUUCUGGAAAAUCGAAAGUCGAAAUCUUUAAAUGCUCUUAAGAUUAAUGGAAUGUUAUUUAAAGAUCUAAAAUUAAUUAAUAAAUCUGUUUCUGAUUUUUGUAUAAUUAAACCUUAUGUACCUUCAAUUAAUGAAGACUUUAAAUUCUGUUGUGACUUUGACCUGUCAAAAACAGAAAUUCAAAAUGCUUUGUUUUCUAUGAAGAAGAGAAAAGGGCCUGGAAUUGACUGGGAUUUUUCUGUAGUUUUACAUUAAUUUUUGGGAUCUUAUUUAAAACCCACUAUUGUCCAUGUACAAAGAAUAUAUCACUUAUGGUGAGAUGUCGACUACUAUGAAGCAGGGUAUCAUAUCUCUUAUCCCCAAACUUGAUAAAGACCCCUUAAAAAUCGAAAACUGGCGGCCUAUUACUCUUCUAACAAUUGAUUAUAAAGUUUUAGCCUUAAUAUAUGCUAACAGAUUGAAAAAAGGUCUAGAUACCAUCAUAGCUGAAACUCAAACAGGCUUUAUGAAAAAUCAGCAUAUUAGUAGUAACAUUAGACUAAUCUUGGACUUAAUUGAUUAUGCAAGUGAGGUAAACUCUGAUGUUCUCAUCUUGUUUCUAGACUUCUACAAAGCCUUUGACUCGAUUGAGCAUAAUUUUAGCCCUUAAUGCAUUUGGUUUUGGUCAAAACGUUGUUGAUAUUGUCAGCAUGUUUUAUAGAUAUAUUAAUAGUUCUGUGAUAAUCAACAUGAACACUUCUAAAUGAUUCAAAAUUAACAGAGGUGUCCGUCAAAGCUGCCCUGUUUCACUCUUUUUAUUUAUACUAGUUACAGAAUUAUUAUCAAUCCUGAUUGUUAAUGACAAGAACUUUGAAGGCAUCACAAUUUUUGGCAGAGAAUUAAGACUUUCCCAACUUGCAGAUGACACAACUUUUUUUGGGAAGGAUUAACACCAACUCCCUAAUUCCAUUAACCUGAUUAACCAAUUCUCAAACGCCUCAGGUCUAAAUUUAAACUUGUCUAAAUGCGAAAUUCCAUCUAACUGCAAUGAGGUUGCAGUCUGUAAUAUUCCAGUUAAAGAAACAGUUGGAUAUCUAGGUAUACUUAUCACAAAAAAACUUAGAACCAAGCAAAUUUAAACUUUUCAGACAGGAUAACAACAGCGAAAUCCAUCCUUAAUACCUGGCUUAAAAGGGAUUUUAUCUGUCCUUGGUAGAGUUCCACUCUCUAAAGCAGAAGGCCUACCUUGCUUUGUGUAUCCAUCUUUAUUCCUUUUUGUUAACGAUUUAACAGCUGCACAAAUUAACAAUCUUUUUAAAUUUCAUUUGCAAACAUAAAUCACACAAGCUUAAAAAAGGAGUACUUUCAAACAGCAAAGUAGAUGGAGGUCUUGAAGUUCUAAAUUUCUUUGACAUUAAUAAUACCUUUAAAAUUAAUUGGCUUAAAAAAUAAAUGUCUCAUAAAUCCUGAUUCCACCUGGUUUUUCAUCUCAAACCAUGUCUUCAAUAAAUUAGGAGGUCUGUCUUUUCUCUUGAAAUGUAACUUUAUACCUAGUAAAUUACAUAUCAGCAGGCCCUUCUUUCUUGGAAACUUGUUUAUAAUGUUUCUCCCAACAAGGCUCUUCUCAGGAAUAACUGCAAUAUUUUGAUAAGAAACAUAUCAGUAUUCUUUUACAAUUGGUUUGAGAAAGAUAUCAACCACAUCCUCUGUCUUUUUGAUAGUACUGGUAAUAUGUUGUCUUAUGAGCGCAUAUAAUUUUCCUGUUCCCCCCAGUGAUUUUAUCAAAAUAACUCAUGCUAUUCCCAAAACCUUAAUUCAACUAAUAAAAAAUCACCUGAGUUAUUGCGGAUCGAUGAAACCUCUAUCCUCCAGCUUGUGCUGGAGGGUAUUAAACUAACAGAUAGUAAAUGCAACAACAAACACAUACACCAAUGCUUUCAAAGAAAGAAGAGUGUAGUUCCUAGAGGCAAGUUUUAUUGGAGAUCUCAAACUGAAAAAAUAAACUGGAGAAGGGCUUGAUUAUUACCCUACAAAUAUUAUAUCUCUAAUAAAGUAAAGAGAUAAAUUUUAAAAUUCUUCGUAACAUAUAUCCACUGAAUUAUAUCAAUGCAAAGUUUUCAGAUGUGGUUGACUCCUGCACUUUUUGCAAAAAAGAAUUGGAAACAACUUCUCUCUUAUUUUUAACUGUGAUAUAACAGCAACAUUUUGGAGUGAUCUUGGGUCUCAUUUUUUCUGUGCUGCUAAUACUGUAUACAAACUACAACUCAAAGAUAUUUGUUAUUACAGUAACCCAGAAAAUUGUGAGCUUGAACACAUGAUGAAUUUUAUAAUCAUAUAUGCCACAUUUUUUAUUCACAAACAAAAAUUUACAAACUCGACACCGAAUUUUGCACAUUUUGUCUCAGAACAUAACUUCUUGAUUGAAUCGCUUAAUCUUAAACAACAAAAAAUGCAUUUCAUUACUAACUAACUAUAAAAACUUUAUUCUUGAAACCUCUGUCUUGUUUAUCACCAGUUUUUUUAUUUGUUUUUGCGUCUUUCUCCUAGUCCUAUUAAGACUGUAUUGUAUUCUCUGUCCAUAUAUCUACCUGUAUAUCUUAAAUGUAUCCCAUACCAUUCUUACAUAAUGAUAUACUCUGUUUUUUUGAUGUGGUGCUCUUUAAAACAUGUACCUUGUCUGUUCUGUUUAUAUGCAUUGUUGUUUAAUUAAAAAAAAAGAAAAAGCAUGAA